AUGGAGAGCAGAGGGCCUCGGGCUGCAUGGCGUGGGCUGCUGCUGCUGCUGCCACCACUGCCACCUCCCAGCCACAAAGAACAGGCCCUGAGACAGGCCUCAGGACCCUCCUGCUCUGUGCCUCGCAAUGGCCGUGGACAAGAGCCUGUCACCAUCAGGACCUUUAGCCUCACCAAGAUCACAAAGGAUGGGGUGGAAGAGAAGAUCCACGGGGAUUCCGUGCUUCCGGGGGUGGAUGGGGAGCAGGUGCCACAUCUGAGACAGGUCUCCGGGCCACUCGCUAACAAACCCCAGCCCAUGCUGACGAUGGCUGGGGGGCUGCUCUUCCCUGACUCCAAUCUCCGGUUGCUGCUGGUCCCUGCCCUGGAUGGCUGCGUGUGCCGGAAUAACUGGCUGGACCAACAGGCCCAGACCUCAGCAUCUGUCCCCACGAGUCUCAGAAGCUGUGCUGUGGAGUCUCAACCUGGGAUAUCCUUCCCUCCACGCACUGGUGCGGAAUUCAGUCUCCACGGCAUCCCCCAGCCUCAUGUAGAACCCUGGGCCUUCUCCUUGGACCUGGGACUCCAGCUAGCAGCAGGCUCAGGCCACCUCCUUGCCCUUGGGACCCCAGAAAACCCUUCUUGGCUCCACCUCCACCUCCAAGAUCAAAAGGUGGUGCUGUCUUCUGGGUUGGAGCCGGGGCUGGAUCUGCCUGUGAUCUUGGGAUUCCCCCUUCAGCUGAAGCAGACUGUGUUCAUUGUGGUUUAGAGCCAGGGGCCAAAGAAGGAGAUCCUUGAUCUGCCUCCUGCAGGCGGUGGCUCCCUCCUUAACCUCUGGGCCCAGCCACAGGGGCGGCUGUUCCUGGGGGCUUUGCCAGGAGAGGCCUCUUCCGCCUCCUUUUGCUUGGAUGCAGAGCUGGACAUGGACCGGGCUCUGAGCAGAAGCUAGGACAUCCAGGCUCACAGCUGUCCUCAGAGCCCAGGCAAUGGCACUGACAACACCCAUUAA